CAAACAAAAAAAAUACCUCGGCAACACUGUGUAGCGAAGUUUUUUUUAAAAAAAUAGGAUUCUAUUUUGCCUGCCUUCUCUUCCGUCCUCUGACAGUCUGAAAGAAAUAGAUAGGGGCUUGUCCAAAUUGAAUCAAACUUGGCACACUUAUAUUAAAUCACAAAAGAUAAAAUCCAAAAAAAUCCAGAAAUCGGAUUUAUCACGUGACCAAAACAUGCAAAAAGUUUCUUCUUGAUGAAACAAAGUUCUUGCUCGACUCUAGUUGCUAGUGUAUAACACCAGAAGAAUCAGCCAUGGGAGUUAAAAAGGAGAGUAAUGAUAAUGUGCGGGUUGUAGUGCGUUGCAGGCCUCUAAAUGAAAAAGAGAAAAACAUGAAAUGCCCAAUGGCUGUGAAAUGUGAUGAAGUACGUGGCAGUGUGACAGUAAAUCAGUCAGAAUCACGAUCAGGUGAUCCACCCAAAGUGUUCACUUUCGACAGAGUGUUUGGACCAGAAAGUAAACAAACAGAUGUAUACAACGAUACAGCAAGGUCAAUUGUUGAAAGUGUCUUAGAGGGAUAUAAUGGAACAGUAUUUGCGUAUGGGCAGACAGGUACUGGUAAGACUUUCACUAUGGAGGGAAUAAGAACAGAACCAAAUCUCAGGGGAAUCAUACCAAAUUCAUUUGCGCAUAUAUUUGGAUAUAUCUCAAAGUUAGAUGGUGAAACGAGGUUUUUAGUUCGUGUGUCUUAUCUGGAAAUUUACAACGAAAGUGUUCGAGAUCUUCUUGGUAAAGAUCAAACAGCAAACCUAGAGGUUAAAGAAAGACCCGAUGUUGGUGUAUAUGUUAAAGAUCUGUCUGCUUAUGUCGUGAAUAAUGCGGACGAUAUGGAUAAAACCAUGACUAUGGGCAAUAAAAACAGAUCUGUUGGAGCCACCAAUAUGAACGCCACUUCAUCACGCUCUCAUGCAAUUUUUACAAUCACGAUCGAACGAAGUGAAAAAGGGUUGGAUGGACAACAACACCUUCGUAUGGGGAAGUUACAUAUGGUCGAUUUAGCAGGUUCAGAACGUCAGGCCAAAACUGGUGCCAGUGGAGACCGUCUGAAGGAAGCUAACAAAAUUAACUUAUCACUUUCAACGCUUGGAAAUGUAAUUUCAGCGUUAGUUGAUGGUAAAAGUACACAUAUACCUUAUCGAAACUCUAAACUGACUCGUUUGCUUCAAGAUUCUCUCGGUGGAAACUCAAAAACUGUUAUGAUAGCCAACUUGGGACCAGCCUUAUACAACGUUGAUGAAACAAUAAGUACAUUAAGGUAUGCUAAUAGAGCAAAGAAUAUAAAGAACAAAGCCAAAAUUAAUGAAGAUCCGAAGGAUGCUUUGCUUCGUGAAUUUCAAACUGAAAUCGAAAAGUUGAGAGCACAGUUAGCUGAUGGAGGAGGAAUUUCUGGGUCGGAAGAUGAGGAGGAGGAAGAAGAAUAUGUUGAUGAAAAUGGAGAGAAGAAAAUUCGAAAGAAAAAGAAAUCGUCAAGAUGUUUAUCGCCAACUGCUGUUGCAAAGAUUAAAGAACAAAUUGAUACUGAACGCAAAGCCCUCCUAGACAAAAAAAAUAUAGCAGAAGACGAAAAAAUGAAGGUGGAAAAAGAGCUACAAAAAAGAGAAAGCGAGCUGUCUAAGGCUCAGGAAGAACAAAAAAAGCUCCAAGAAAAACUAAAAGCUGUAGAAUCGAAAUUGAUAGUAGGAGGGGUGAAUUUGCUUGAAAAAGAUGCUGAACAACAAAGGUUGUUGGAUGAAUCAGCUAAAGAACUGGCAGCUAGACACAAAAGGGAGGAGGAACUAAAGAGAAAAUUAGAAGAACAGGAGGCGGAAAAAAUUGACAUUGAAGAGAAGUACGCGAAUUUAAAAGAAGAGGCAGUUGGAAAAACAAAAAAACUAAAAAAAGUCUGGACAAUGCUGAUGUCAGCAAAAUCAGAGGUGGCAGAUCUACAAGCUGAACAUCAGAGAGAAACAGAAGGGCUACUUGAAAGUGUGCGAAGCGCAGCGAAAGAAGAGAAGUAUCUCCAACUUGUCAUGGAUAAUUACAUUCCGAGAGAAUUUCAGGACUUAGUUACUCAAAAUGUUAUAUGGAACGAAGAUAUUGGUGAAUGGCAGCUGCGUUAUGUGGCAUACACUGGUAACAAUAUGAGAAAGAUGUCUCCAAGUCCUGAAAGAGAAAAUGAUGUAGUCGAUGAUUUGGAUAUAUCCUCUGUAUAUUUGUCGUAUGGUUUAUCGCAAGACAAGUCACGCCCUAAAACCGGUAAAAGUAAGGGCAGGCCAAGAACUGCGAAAAAAAAAGUGAAAUCUUCCAUGCAAGAUGUCGGUGCUGCAGCAAGUGGUGAAGUUAUUUAUCCUGAAUCUAAAUCGAAAAUGACAACGCGAAAAAUAUUUUGACCAUCUCACUAACAUGGAAAUCUUUGCCGAAGAACUGAGGUGCUAUUGCGGUUAUGCGAGUCAUAUGUAAUUAUAGCUAAAGGAGUGAGAGGUCAAAACCAUAUGUAAAUUUAAUGUAUAUAUUGAAGUUUGUAAAUAGUGAAUUUAGGAUAAUAUAUUGCAGAAAAGCG